AUGAAGUUCUCCAAGAGCUUGAAUUAUGUUGAAAAGUACGUCCUUGGCGAUUCCUCGACACCUAUGGGAGCCCUCCGAGCCAAGAACGGACGCGAGCAGCCAUGGCCCGUCAAGUGGGUCGAAAUUGGCAACGAGGAUGACUUUGGCUGCAGCAGCUAUCCUGAGAGAUUCGCCGCAUUCUACAAUGCCAUCCGUCCCAAGUAUCCAGACCUCCAGCUCAUCGCGUCUGCCACCGGCUUCAACUGCCUGCCUGACCCUUUUCCCGAAGACGCAUGGAUCGACUACCAUGAGUACAACAUCCCUGAGAACUACAUCGUCAACUUUGCCCAAUGGGACAAUGUUUCUCGCAGGAACAAGUACAUCAUCGCAGAGAUGGGUCGCUGGAGCGUGCAGUAUUCGGACAUGAUCGGGUCGGUGUCCGAGGCCGUCUUCAUGCUUGAACUGGAGCGCAACAGCGACCUCAUCCGCGGCGUAGCUUUUGCGCCUUUGCUUAGUCUUGUGGACCACCAACAAUGGGCGCCCAACCUGAUCCCAUUCAAACAGGCACCUGACGCCAUCGUUUACACGUCCAGCUACUGGGUCCAACAACUCUUUGCACACAACGCCGGCGACGUGACCCACGAGGUCACCUCUGGUUCUGGCUUUGACCCGGUCUUCUGGAGCGCUGUUAGCGCCGGUGAGACGUACAUCGUGAAGCUGGCCAACUACGCCGCUGAGCCGCAGCAAAUGGACAUUAAGAUUGCAGGAAAGGGCAUUGCGACGCUGUCGGUUCUGGCUAAUGACGACCCUGAUAGUGCCAACAGCCAUGCCGGAUCUCCCAUCGCCCCUCCGGUCAUUUCGCGCAUCGAGUCUUCCGGCGACAACUUCAGCUUCGUCAUGCCUGCUUGGUCCGUUGCGGUCCUUCGCGCAGACUAA